AAUGCAAAUCAACGACUUGACAACCUCACGGAGUUUGAGGGGACCCGAAAUUGGGCACGACUGGUGCCGGUCUCGACCGAAGAGCGCUCCCUAUAAAUAUAGAUAAUGCUUCCAUGCUUCGAAGAAUCUACAUCUCGUCAAUCAUCCACUCUCACCGUACCACGACCAAUCUUCCUGACUUCCCUGCUUCAAUAUGUCCGUCCAAUCGGUCCCGCUUCGCCAGCUAGGCAAGGAUGGUCCCAGCGUGCCAGCGUUGGGUUACGGGCUGAUGGGCUUGUCUGGUCUCUAUGGCAAACCGCCUGGCGAUGAAGAGCGCUUGAAAGUCUUGGACCGGGCCUUUGAAUUAGGUGCCAGAUUCUGGGACACCGCUGAUGUCUACCUCGAUAACCAAGAGUUGAUCGCCAAAUGGUUCAAGCGCACGGGAAAACGAAACGAAGUCUUCCUGGCGUCCAAAUUCGGGAUCGUCAUGGACCUGGAAAAGUUCCAGUUCAAGGGCAUCAAUAGCUCAGCCGAGUAUUGCAAGCAGACGUGCGAGAAGAGUCUGCAGAGACUAGGCGUCGAUUACAUCGAUCUCUAUUAUGCCCAUCGUGUCAACCCUGCCACCCCAAUCGAGCAGACUAUGCGAGCGAUGGCGGAACUGCAAGCAGAGGGGAAGAUUAAGCACAUUGGACUGUGUGAGGUCAAUUCAAACACUCUUCGACGGGCCUGUAAGGUCGCGCAUGUCGCGGCUGUCCAAAUGGAAUACUCUCCCUUCGUGCUGGAUGUUGAAACCGAAGCCAGCGGGAACUUGAUCCAAACUUGCCGGGAACUCGGCGUUGCCAUCGUCUGCUCUUCUCCGCUUGGACGAGGCAUGCUCACCGGAGCGUUCAUGGCCAAGGAGUCUAUCAGCGGUGAAGGAGACAUGCGCGCAAAGGAGUUCCCUCGCUUCCAGGAAGAGAACUUCAAAGAAAAUGUCGAGCUUGUCGCCCAAUUCAAGACAUUCGCCGACAAGAAAGGAUGUACACCGUCCCAGUUGGCGAUUGCCUGGCUUCUAAAACAGGGUGAUGACGUGAUCCCGAUUCCUGGAACUAAGAAGAUCAAGUACCUCGAGCAGAAUUGGAAUGCUCUCAAUGUUCAGCUCAGCGAUGGAGAGCAAGCUGAGAUCCGCAAAUUCCUGGAAAGCGCCGAUGUUAAGGGAUACAAGUCCACACCUGCGGCUAGGCUAAUCGAUCGGCAGGACACGAAGGAGGAUGUUUGAUAUUAAUCGCCCAAAGAGACCUUAGCAGGUCUUAGAGCAUUCGCCUAUACUUUAUAGAUAAUCUGAAGACUCUUUGGUUCCCAGUUUCUAUUUUCAGAUAGAUUUUCACUAAUCUACUCUAUAUAGGCUUGAAUAAUCACUACAUUUGUGCGCGACUUGGAACAGGAUUGCAAGCUGAUUCAACCGAGUAAUAACUCAAGGCUUCUAUUCCUAGAUCGUCCCGCGGUAAGGGAAGAUUAUAUUUAAGUCUUUCUUUCGUUCUUCUUCUUCUUCUUCUUCUUCUUCUUCUUCUUCUUCUUCUUCUUCUUCUUCUUUUUUUGAAUUGGAGAAUCGUGCUUGUUUAUCUAUACCUUCACUAGAGGUAAAUAUACUUAUUA